CUGUCAAUAUUACCAAAAGUGUUGUAAAGUGAAAAUAAUUCGUGUUUUUGGACGGAUUUUGUGUAAAAUAGUGAGCGAAAGUGAUUUUUCUGACAAAUUAAGAGACUCUUGUAUCUCGUGAGACAACUACAAAUUGGUUCAAGUGCGGAAAUACAUGGCAUUAGCACAUUAUCCAGGAGCUGAACCAAGUAGAGAGAUUGUAAAGCGUCGCAGCACUAGUUUUGGGUCAGAUGAGGAGGACCCAAGCGGGAACAAAUACAGCAGAAUGGAAGAUGAAAAUAUUCAAGACAAAGAACGUUUUGCCAGCAGGGAAAACCACUGCGAAAUCGAGCGUCGUCGUCGCAACAAGAUGACUGCCUACAUCACGGAGCUGUCCGACAUGGUGCCGACGUGCAGUGCGCUCGCCCGCAAACCGGACAAAUUAACGAUCCUGAGGAUGGCCGUGGCACACAUGAAGGCACUAAGAGGUACGGGCAACACCAACACAGACGGCUCCUACAAACCCUCCUUCUUAACGGAUCAAGAACUGAAGCAUUUAAUUUUGGAAGCAGCUGACGGGUUUCUCUUCGUUGUCUCGUGCGACACCGGACGAAUUAUCUACGUGUCGGAUUCCGUAACUCCCGUGUUGAAUUACUCGCAAAAUGAGUGGUAUGGCUCGUGCAUUUACGACAACAUUCAUCCGGAGGACAUUGAGAAGGUGCGCGAACAGCUGAGCACGCAGGAGCCCCAAAAUACCGGACGAAUUUUGGAUUUGAAGACGGGCACGGUGAAGAAGGAAGGACAUCAAUCUUCGAUGCGAAUGUGCAUGGGAUCUCGCCGAGGAUUCAUUUGCCGCAUGAAAGUAGGAAAUGUAGCGCCCGAAAAUAUGGCCGUUGGUCACUUGAACCGACUCAAGCAACGGAAUUCUCUUGGACCAUCGCGCGAUGGCAACAAUUACGCCGUUAUUCAUUGCACGGGCUACAUCAAGAAUUGGCCACCAACUGAUAUUUUUCCAGGAGUACAAAUCGAUAGACAAACGGAGGAAGACAUGCAUUCGUCGCACUGUUGUUUGGUGGCGAUCGGUCGUCUUCAGGUCACCUCAACAGCAAAUGCUGCCGACUUGGCAUCAUCCAACAAUCAAAAUGAGUUUAUUUCACGGCAUGGCAUGGACGGUAAAUUUUCGUUCGUUGAUCAGCGUGUGAUGAAUGUCUUGGGAUAUGUGCCCACCGAUUUGCUGGGCAAGAGUUGCUACGACUUUUUCCACCCCGAGGACCAGAGUCACAUGAAGGAGAAUUUCGAACAAGUAUUAAAACAAAAGGGACAAAUGUUCUCGGUCAUGUAUCGCUUCCGAGCGAAGAAUCGCGAAUGGAUUUGGCUUCGCACGCAAGCUUAUGCAUUCCUCAAUCCAUACACCGACGAAGUGGAGUACAUUGUUUGCACAAAUAGCUCAGCAAAAACUCUUCAUUCGACACAAGAACCGAGCGCAGAUCAGUCUGAGCAAGUCUACCAAGCACCUGGUCUGGAUUACUCUAUCCCGAAUCGACGUGAUCAACCGUACAAUCCACACGGAAUGAUUUCGCAGCACAUUCCGGCCCAAACAAGACCGAAUGAUGGCACCACUGGCGUUCAAUAUGGGCAGUAUGAACCAACGCAACCGUCUCCCAUCCAAUAUGGCAGUCCUGGAGCUCCAAGUGGCUCAAAUUCUCAUCUAAAUCGCAUUGGAAAGACAAAUACGACAUCACCCACGCCAGCAGCUACAGCCUGGUCCUUGAGACAACAACAACCAGUAUCGUCUGAAGGCUAUCAGUACAGUCAACUAAGUCCAUCUCGUUCGCCAAGUGGGCCCACAUACACCCAAUUGAGCGGAAGCAGCUCGCGACAAGGACACACUACAACAUAUCACAAUACAACGACUGCGCAACCGAAUCCAGGCAUGUGGGGAUGGCAAAACCCGAAUCAAGCAGGCGAUCAUGGUGCGGGCACCAGCUCAAGUACAAGUCAUCCGGGUGUCGUUGUACCUGGAGGACCAACGGGCCCUCAGCAUCACCCGGGAGGACAGCCGCAACAAGGCCAGGAGUUGUCCGACAUGCUGCAAAUGCUCGAUCAAACAAGCGGCACCACCUCUUUCGAAGACCUGAACAUCCACAUGUUCAAUACGCCGUUCGAAUGAAAUUAUCGUGGCUCUGCCAACAAUAACAACAACAACUUCUUAAUGAACAACAAAUACAAUUAAAUUUAAUUUUUUGUCUGUUUUUAGCGUAAAAAAAAGUAUUUUAAGUAAAUAACAAAAAAAUAAAAUAAAUCUAGCUUUAUAUUUGAAUGAGAGUGCGUAUGAAAAGUAUUUCAAAAAACAAAUUAAAUGUAUUUUAGGACAGACAUGAUAAAUAAGACUUACUUUUAAGGGAUGACGAAUAAAAAAGAUGGAAUAGACAAUUUUUAGCUGCAACUUUCUUAUAGAUUUUAGUUUUAAUGCAUUACAUAGACAGAGCACAGAAUCCCGCAGUAUUUGUGAAUGACAGCUUUCUUUUUUAAAUUAAAAAAAAAUAAAUCAAAAGCAUUUAUGACAUCAUUCAACAUCGAAUGAAGUGCAAUAAUUUUAUUUGCUUUUUUUCUCAAAAAAAUAUAUUGAAUUUUGCGCGCACAAAUAUUUAAUCAAAAACAGCUCUUAUAAAUAAAUUAAUAUCAUAAAA